AUGAAGGUCCUCAGUGCAGCUACAGUUCUAACGCUCUCCACCCUCUCGCUGGCCGCACCGGCGAGCGAAAAGCGUGAGAUCAGCACAGAGGUUCACACCACUCCCCCGCAAUUUUUGAUCGAGGAGACCAGUGCUAGUACUGCCGACGUGCCCGAGUACCAUUCUCAACUGACCACCAACUGGGCUGGAGCCGUCAUCAACAAAGGCGGCUACACUCAGGCGACCGGAAAGUUCAAAGUCCCCGCCGCGCAAAUGCCCCCCGGCGGAGAUCCCAACACAAACUAUUGCGCUUCCAUGUGGGUUGGGAUUCAGAGCGACUGCAAUUCCCUUUUGCAGGCUGGUGUUGAUGCAUGCAUUAAGAAUGGCGAGAAUACGUACCGCGCGUGGUAUGAAUGGUUCCCGAAAGGAUCGGUAGCGUACGAGGGUCUCGAAGUUAAAGAGGGUGACGAGAUUGAAGUCUGGAUUGAGACUACUUCCGAUACCGACGGCACGACUACCCUCAAUAAUCUGUCGAGUAAGAAGGUGAUGACACAAAGCUUCACAGGUGAGGCGCCCCUAUGCAACAGGUCGGCCGAGUGGAUUGUCGAGGACUUUAUGUCCGGUGGAUCCGUUCCUUUCUCGAACUUUGGCACCGUGGAAUUCACCGAUGCCUAUGCUGAUCAGAACGGUCAAACGGUCACUACCGAUGGAGGAUUCCUGAUGGAUAUUAAGCAGAGCGACAAGCAAUUGACCCAAAGCACCAACUCUGGCCAAUAUGUUACUGUCCAGUACAUAGCGGCAUAG